UACAGUCAAUAUUGUUUUGCGUUGCCCUAGUAUUUGAGUAAAAAUAUUAUGGAUUUUUUAAAUAUUUCCGCUCAUUAUCUGCAAAAACUCGCUCAUUUAAUGAAAAUUUAAGGCUUAUUAUUUAGUAAUCCAUCAUCAGAAUCAUGGAGGAAGCUACGUUCAGUGAGAAAGUGGAAUCAUAUUUUUCCGAACUAGGGCGAUGGAAGGUGUGGCGAAGUAUAUUGUUGGGACAAGUUCUUUCGUUGCUGCUGAGUGCAAAAUGUAUCUUGACUACUUUGGUACAAAGCGCUACAUGGCAGUUUCCAACUUCUGCCCAGCUGGUUGUAUCGUAUAGCAUGCUAUUCGUGCUAUUUACCCCUGGCAUGUUCUGUAAUGGACUUCGGACUAUGAACAAAACGUGGUGGAUAAUCCUGAUCGCGUGCGUCAUGGACGUGGAGGCGAGCCUGCUGCUGGUGACCUCACAGCGGUACACGUCAGUGCUGAGCUGACAGCUGCUAGCCUGCAGCGGCGUGGGCGCGGCGCUGGCGGGAGGCGCGUGGGGCGGGCGGCGGCUGGGGCCGGCGCACGUCGCCGGCGCCACGCUCGGGCUCAUGGCCGUCGUGUGCGUCGUCUGGGCCGACGUCGAAGGCGCUCCCACUGAUGGCAAGAACCAACUAGUUGGCGACAUGCUUUGUCUUGGAGGUUCCCUGAUGUAUGCUGUGGUGACAGUUCUCCAAGAAAUGUUGCUCAAAACCAUUUCCGGCUCAGACUAUCUUGGAUCUCUUGGUCUCAUCGGAAGCUUCGUAUCAUACUUCCAAACAUUCCUCCUAGAAUUCCAUGAGCUUCAGGACUUCAACUGGUUUGAAAUUGAGACGAUAACUCAGCUUUGCAGCUACUGGACAAUACAGACUAUAUUCCAAAUACUCCAAUGUUUUAUGCUUCGAGACGCUGGAUCGAUAAUACUGCAUUUGUCGUUUUUAUCAUCUGAUUAUUACACUCUCAUCGCUGGGAUGUACAUUUUUCAGUUUAAGUUCCACGCGCUGUACUUCCUGUCGUACUUCCUGGCGCUGGUGGGCGUGUUCCUGUUCAGCGCGCGGCCGAGCGCCGCGCGCGCGCUGCCGCAGCUCGUCAGCGACGCCGCGCAGUCGCACGACAACGUCUCCAUGGAAUACACAGUCCCAACACUGGACUGCAUACCAAUAGAAGGCCUGGAGCCCCCGAUGAGUCGGGACACAACCUUCACGUCCUUCCUCGGAGGCCCUCAGAGUUUACCCAAUGGCAUCCUGUACCACAACGGAACACAGAACACUAAGGAUCCGUGUUAACUUGUAUAUUACCUCUACUGUUAUAUUCUCUCUCUCAUCUCCACAUGUUCGCGGUUGCAUUUAAGGCUGUGACGCCGCGAGGUCGGCAGUCUAAGAAAUAACCUUAAAAUCUUGAAGGUUCCGUUGUGAUUUUACAUCCGGCCGCCUGCUUGACUUCAACCCUCCUUGGGAAUGCUAUUGUUGCCUAUCAAUAGCCUUCUGCCUAGGCUAUGUGUUCCUUAGUCGCUCGUACGUACGACAUGCAUGGGAGGAUAUGGAAUGGGUCUAUUCUAAGGCGAAACACACGCCAUAAAACGUCGUCUAAAAUCAUCAAUAUAUAUGUACAAAACUCCUCUAAAUCAUAUAUCAUAAAAUAAAAAAUACCGUAUGCAUUUUUGUCCAGUUUUCACCAAUAAAUUCCUGAGGAAGGGUUAGGUGUAUGAUGUAUUAUGCUUUUACUUAAGCCGGGACGAUCCGCUUGCUAAGUACGAAAUAAUUGGUGUACCUUUAGACAUCGUUUUGAAGCAUGCAGAUGGAAAGAUGAAUGAAGAGAUGUGUUAAUUAGUAGAAGCGGUAUUAUAUUGGGACUAUCAGAAUGAUAUAAAACAAAAUGAUAGAUUCGAGACAAAUCUAGAAAUCCGGGAGCGGAGCGAAUUCCGGGGUAAAUCUAGUACUUGAUAUAGACUUAACAUAAGACUUAUUAGAAUACUCGGCCGAGGCAAUAUGUGUUUACUGUUGAAACGUCGAAGCGAUUUCAGUUUUUUUAAUGUAAAAAAAAAUUGUUUAUUACCAAACAAUAAGGCUAUUUAGGUAAUAAGAUAAAUUAGGUUUUCUUUUUAAAUCGAGAUUCUAUUUAAAAUAUAAAAGAAUAAAUGUUUAAUAGGUACAUUCAUAGCAGAAGCUGUAAAAUUUAUUCGACCAAACUUAACCUACCGUUACAGAAAAUAUAUACUACAAAUAAUUGUUCAAAUUAUCCGUUGCUUACGUCGUUUAGUAAAUAAUAAUUCGAAGGAAAUUUCCUAAUAAAAGUUGUCGAUCCGAUAGUAGUAAAAAAUGGAUCUAACUCUAAAAAGUAGAGAUGUUAUAAGCCUCGACAUAGUUUGCGACAUAAAUAUAAAGAUAACUAUUAGUAUAUAAACACCUAUCACGAUUGUUAGUUUUUCCCACCUUGCACCCUAUUCAAUGUAUAUUUAUUCUAUUUUAAAGAUAUCAUUUAAUAUUCAUAUUUUAAAAUAUUAAAUAGACCAUAUUUGUGUAUUCCCAAAUAAACACUUAACUAUAAUUAAAAAUAUAUAAAAUUUAAUGUCAAUGAAAUAUAUGAACUGGAACAGAACCGUUAAACUGAAUCUUCACAUAAUCGACAUUCGUCCUAAUUUAAUUCAGAUUUUUUUAAAUCGUGAAAACAAUAUGAACAGACCUACAACUAACAUUAUUUUCGAAAAACUUUUAUUUCGACUUCCAGCAAAUAUUUCUUAUAAAAUAUUAGUUGCUUUUAAACUGACACAAAUUUCAAUUUUAGGUUAUCAACCACUGCCUCAAAAGGGGAUGCUAUUUUUUAUCACCUUUUAACAGUUUCCCGUACGCGUACGUUGCGAGUCUUGUAUUUGUAUCGUGAGAAGAUCCACGUUGCUCUCUGUUUCGAAGCGCAAACACAACAUUUUGCCCUUUCUUCUCCGGGAUACUGUCGUAUAUACACGACGUUUCUUCAUUUCUCCUCAUUUGGGUAGCUUGACGAAUUGUGUCUGAUCCCGCGAAAAUAUCUAUCUUAUUGGCUUUAAAAAUAUUUUUUGUUGACAAACACGUCCAACGCAGUGUGGAGUGAAUCGUGUCUGUAUGACUGUGCUCGCUACUCGUAAUAUGUGUAAUGUGAUGUGGCUGUCUUCCCGGGUGGAUGCCAAACUACCAAUUUCUUCCUUUUUUUGUUACAUUUUUUUUUUCUUAUGCAAUUUAUUAUAAUAUAUUUAUACAUACUUUAAUGUUUAGAUUUUUCCGAAGUUGAUUGAUUUUAAAUGGAAAACAAUUAGAAGAUAUGAAUUAGAUCGAGAAGAAACCCACCGAAUUUAGAGAUUACGUCAUUGUCCCAGUAUCCCAUAUUUUCUUUUUUUCUUAUGGAAUUGACUAAAUACAUUAAUAUCUUAUUUUUUGCGCAAUUGAUCGAUUUUAAAUGAGGAACAAUUAGAAGUUAUGAAUUAUACCGGGAAGAAACCCACCCACCAGAAUUGGGGGGGAUUACGUCAUUAUACCAGUAUGUUAUAUUGGGAAUGAAUAAUUGUUGUGUACUUUGUUAGUAUAUUUAAGUCAUUUAGAACUCAUUGAUAUUUUGACGAAUGAUGUUGUGGUCUAUAAUAUAACUGAUGCAUCAUAAAAUCAAAAUCAGUUCUUUUAUUUGCGGUUAAGUAUUUAUUGUUUGGGUUUAUAAUUCCUUGGCAGUAUUAUGUGAAGACUAGUUGAUACGGUCCUGUUCUACUGUUUUCCUCUGUGUUUGCAUGACCACUCUAAUAACACAAAUAAUAUUAAUCCUACACAUAAAAUUGUAGCGCACAAUUCUAAAUGGUCCUUACAAAUCAAUUUAAAUAACAUUUUAAUCGUUAGUAACAAAAUACCAUUUAUCUAACGAAUACUGCCACAUAGUCGAAUUUUUACUCAAUUUUAUAAACCAAUAAUAUUUUAGCGAUUUGUAUAAAAAAAAAUAACAUAGUUACUAUGAGAGGUAUGUAUUGGAAUUGUAUAAGAUUAAAUCUAGAACAAUUGUAGCAUCGUAUUAAGCGAUUCUCGAUGUGUUUUGGUCAGAGGAAUUAUUUUAUGUAUUUACACUUGCACUGCAUAUUUUAGAGCAAUGUUCUAUAAAUAAUUUCAUAAAAAAACGGGCGUACAAACAAUUAACACCAAAAUGGUAACUCAGGGUUUACUAAUUUAUUACUCAAUUCUUUGAAUCUCUCAAAUACUCAAAAGCAUUUUACGCAAUGAAUUUUAAGUGUAAUGCUGCCACUGUCUAUUCUAAAAAGUGUUCAUCACACAUAGAAAGAGACAGAAUCGGACAUAAGGAAUUCAUAUAGGUAACUAAAAAGCUAUUUUGUAUUUGUUGAAAAGGUAACAAUUACAAAAUAUACUUACAUUAAAAUUUUUAUAAACAUAACUUAUUUCACCUAAAGUUGCACUUAAUUUAUAAACAUAAAUAUUCCUCUGAUCAAAAUUAAUUUACUUCGCAAAACUAGACAUUAGCUGUGAUUUAUUUUUACUGCAUUUUUAAAUCAAUGAUAGUUUAUUAAAAGAUUUAAUUGAUAUUGCUUCAAGAUCUCAAAGUUGAUAUUUUAUUCUAGCUUAAAUUGUUGAUACCUAAGUUAUAUUGGAUAUGGCGCUCAAUUAUUAUUAAAUAAGGUUAAAUGCAUUUAAUAGUCCAAUUAGAACGUUAUAGUUGUUUAAUAUUCAGUUUGAUUUUUUUCAUGCAUUCUAUAAAAUGUUUGUGGAGAAAGCAUUUUGAACGAGUAAAUGCUAUGCCUUUCUCCACAUACUAAGGUACUUAUUUUUUAAGUUUUCUGCAAAACAAUUGAACGGUUGUGUUAACUUCAUAUUGAUAAAAUCUAUAUCUAAAUAAUAUAGGAUAGAAUUGUUGCUAAAAAUCAUAAUUUCUGUCACCUAUUUAGGUUUAUUUUAACCCUAAAAAAAUAAACCCCUAGUACUUUAUAUUUAUAUUAAUCCAGUAAACUGGGUUUGUACUUGUUUGUAUCUCAUACGACUGUCUUCGAAAAUAGUGUAAUAAUUAUGUAUUUUAAAAUUGGUAAAUAUACAACAUUUUCAACAACAAUAA